AUGUCUGCAACAUGUCCAAUGUGUAGUGAAACUGUAGAAGAGAUCAAGGAGCAUCUCUUGAGGCAUUUCAAGUAUAAGUAAGUUUGAAAAUCGCGAAGAAUGAUGAAAAAUAAGUUUUUGCAGGAUGUUUCAAUGUGGAGAUGUAAAUUGUGAAGCUCAAUUCUACACAGAACAAGAGCGAAAAGCUCAUUGCGACAAAACAAAACAUAAAAGAUCGUUUCAAAACACGGUGAACAGUUAUAUGGAUGUUUUAGUGGAGAUGGUGGAAAAAGACGCGAAAUUGUUGAAAAACUUGGAUUUCACAACAAUCGUGGAUUCACGACGCGCCGCAAUUUCACAAACUACACAAAGUUUGGAAAAUCGCGUGGUUCCCGCGACAUCUGCGACAAGUUCGCGAAAGCGAGUUGCGACUGCGACUGAAGCGAGUUCUGCGAAGAGAAGAUCACGAACACUUUUGCAAGAGGAAAAUGUUAGUUCGAGUAAUUUGACGGCGGAAAAUCGAAAGGAGAAACGAGUUACAACAAGUGUAGCAAAAAUGACUAUACCAGAUGCGUUACAGAUUGUGAGUUUGUGAAAAAUGUGAUUUUGGAGGCCUAAAUUUUUCAGCAUGUUCCAAUCGCAGAACCCGAUGAACCCAAUCCAAUCGGAGUUGGUUUCUAUCAUCCAAAUGAUCCAAAUCGAACUGAUUGGACUAAAAUCACUUGUGCGCUUUGUAAUCAGGAAGUUAAUUAUGAAUAUAGUGAGUUAUCUCAACUUGUAAAUCGGAAAAUUCCGUGUCAGCGGCCACGUGGAUUAUUAUGAUAUGGCAAACGUCAUAGUAAUUCGUGUGGCCGCUAACGCGGAAUUUUUCGAUUUACACUCGCUCUUUUCGAAAAAGAAUUUCUUAUGCCGGAUCUGAAAAUUUCACUGAAAAAAUGACUCUAGUCUUCUAGAGUGCAAGUUUUCGCUGAAAUUUUCAGCUCCCGCGCAGGGAAAUCUAUCGUCAAUUUUUUUUCGAGCGUAGCGAGUGUAAACCGCAAGCUUCCGCGUUAGCGGCACUAUCUUCCGCUUCAGCGGCCACGUGGUUUAUGAUACUGUAAGUUCGCCACGUCAUAGUCAUACACGUGGCCGCUGACGCGGAAUUUUCCGAUUUACACUCGCUCCGCUCGAGAAAUCGAAUUUCUCACGCCGGAUCUGAAAAUUUCAAUGAAAAAACCAUUCUAGUCUUCUAGAUUGCAAGUUUUCACUGAAAUUUUCAGCUCCCGCGCAGGGAAAUCUAUCGCCAACUUUUUUCCGAGCGAAGCGAGUGUAAACCGCAAGCUUCCGCGUAAGCGGCACUAUCUUCCGCUUCAGCGGCUACAUGGUUUAUGCUACUGUAAAUUCGCCACGUCAUAGCCCCCGCUGACGCGGAAGCUUGCGGUUUACACUCGCUCCGCUCGAAAAAUCGAAUUUCUCACGCCGGAUCUGAAAAUUUCAGUGAGAACCAAGAUUUUUUGAGUUUUCACUGAAAUUUUGAGAUCCCGCGCAGGCAAAUCUAUCGCCAAUUUUUUUUUUUUGUAAAAUUCUGAGAAAAAUAUAGCGAAAAAUAAAAUUUCUUGUGCCGGAUCUGAAAAUUUCACUGAAAAAAUCAUUCUAGUCUUCUAGAUUGCAAGUUUUCACUGAAAUUUUGAGAUCCCGCGCAGGCAAAUCUAUCGCCAAUUUUUUUUCGAGCGAAGCGAGUGUAAACCGCAAGAUUCCGCGUUAGCGGCACUAUCUUCCGCUUCAGCGGCCACGUCAUAGCCAUCCACGUGGCCGCUGACGCGGAAAGCUUGCGGUUUACACUCGCUUCGCUCGAAAAUCUGAAAAUUUCACUGAAAACCAAGAUUUUUUCGAGUUUUCACUGAAAUUUUAAGAUCCCGCGCAGGCAAAUCUAUCGCCAAUUUUUGAUUUUCAGUAAUUCGAAAAGAUCAUGUGAGCUCAAAACAUUUAUCAGCCGAUAUUGCACCAGAAGAAUACGAAAAAAUAGUAAAAAGUCGAAUGGAUGAUGCAUUUCCCGAAUUACCAAAUAGUGAUAAUUGUUGUCAAUUAUGUAUGACUGGAUUAGAUAUUAGAACAAGUCAUAGAAGAGAACAUAUUGAGAAACAACACUUUAUGAAACUACCAAUCUCACAAUUAGAAUGUCCAAUUCCAAAUUGCGAAAUGUUUUAUCAAAGACAAUGUGAUUUGUCACAACAUUUGAGACAAAUUCACAAAAGAAGAUCUAUCAAAAUAUAAAAAUAAAGAAUUUCAAGAUGGAAGAAAGAGAAGAAAUGCAAUGAUUUCGGAAAUGAUUAACAAAUGUUUUCCAAUGUCACAAUUUAAUUCGAUGAUUAAGAGUUUUAAUUCGGCGAUUGAAGAAGCGAAAAAUCGACCGGAUCCCAGUUUGAUUUUGAAGAAAACUGAGGAAUUGCAGAAGAAUGCGAUUGAUAAUGCGUUUUCCAAGGAUAUUCGCAUUCAGGAGUUGAAUGUGAGAGAUUUUUGAUGAGCGGCAAAGUUACAAUAACUUCUCUGGCUGAAUAAAAAGGGGUACCCCUUUUUCAGCUCAAAAAUGCUUCAUUUCGGAGAAAAUUUUCAUUUUUAUCACGUUUUAAGUCAAUCGAAAAUUCUAACAAAAAAAAAUACGUUUCAAAUUUUUGAUAUACUAUACUAUCAAAUAUUUGUUUUGAUAUACCAAUUGUAAUCAAAAAAAAUUAAAUGAAUAUUCUGAAAUUGCGGCUUCUGCUUCAGCGGCCACGUGGAAAUUUAGAGGACCUCUGAGGGUCGCCACGUCAUAGCUAUCCACGUGGCCGCUGCGCGCGGAAGCUUGCGGUUUACACUCGCUCCGCUCGAAAAAUCGAAUUUCUCUUGCCGGAUCUGAAAAUUUCAGUGAAAACCAAGAUUUUUUUGAGUUUCCACUGAAAUUUUGAGAUCCCGCGCAGGCAAAUCUAUCGCCAUUUUUUUCCGAGCGAAGCGAGUGUAAACCGCAAGCUUCCGCUUCAGCGGCCACGUGGAAAUGGCUAUGACGUGGCGAACUUACAGUAUCAUGAACCACGUGGCCGCUGACGCGGAAGAUAGUGCCGCUGACGCGGAAGCUUGCGGUUUACAUUCGCUUCGCUCGAAAAAUCGAAUUUCUCAUGCCGGAUCUGAAAAUUUCAGUGAAAACCAAGAUUUUUUUUUGAGUUUUCACGAAAUUUUGAGAUCCCGCGCAGGCAAAUCUAUCGCCAAUUUUUUUCGAGCGAAGCGAGUGUAGAGACCGCAAGCUUCCGCGUUAGCGGCACUAUCUUCCGCUUCAGCGGCCGCGUGGAAUGGCUAUGACGUGGCAACCCUCAGAGGUCCAAUUUCCACGUGGCCGCUGGAGCGGAAGAUAGUGCCGCUAACGCGGAAGCUUGCGGUUUACACUCGCUUCGCUCGAGAAAUUGUAUUUCUCAUGCCGGAUCUGAAAAUUUCAGUGAAAACCAAGAUAUUUUUGAGUUUUCACUGAAAUUUUGAGAUUCCGCGCAGGGAAAUCAAUCGUCAAUUUUUUCCGAGCAAAGCGAGUGUAAAACCUGGCUUCCGCGUUAGCGGCACUAUCUUCCGCUUCAGCGGCCACGUGGUUUAUGAUACUGUAAGUGAGCCACGUCAUAGCCAUCCACGUUUUUCAAAUCUGCAAGCAGCGGGCAUCGAACCCGUGACCUUCUCUAGAUCCCAAAUCCCAUCUCUAACCACCUUCGCCAUUCCAGAAAACUCGUCGUGCCGCAAUCUACAAUCGUCCUUCAAAUUCUUCAAGUUCUUCUUCUAGUUCAUCUUCAUCUUCAGAUGACGAAGAAUCGUGUCAUCGAAAAAAUCGAAUGAAAACAAAUUCUCAAUCGAAUUCCACAAUUAGUGAUUUAGAAGAAACAAAUGAAAAAUUGACAGAAGAUGAUGUGAUUUUUAUUCGAGAACACUUUAAUAGUCAAUUAUCAGACAAAUUACGACAAAUUCGAAUCAAAACUGAACAUGUUGGAGAUGAAGCUGAAAAUGGAGGAGAAGCUGAAAAAAGAAGCUGAAAAAGAGGCUGGAGAAGAAGUGGAAGAUAAUAAGGAAACUAUUUUGGAAACCAUUCCGGAAAUUGUAAAAGAAGAAGAGGAGGUGAGCAUUUUGGGCGAAAAUUGGGGAUUUUUAUCAAAAUUUGGGUGAAAAAUGUGAGAAAAAUUGGAAUUUUUUUAUGAAAUUUUUAUUGAAAAAACACUUUUUUACAAGAAAAAUUGCGAAAAAUGCGAUUUUUCUUGUAAAAAAUGGCCUAUUUUCGGAAUUUUUAGAGCAUUGCUCAGAUUAAGUAAAUGAUUUUUUUAAUCGAUAUUCGAUGAGUUUUGGCUCAAAAAUUUUCCAUAUUUUUUAUGAUUUUCAUCAAAAUUUUCCAAUUUUCAUGAUUUUCAUCAAAAUUUUCCAUAUUUUCAGUCAAAAAUGGCUGACUUUCGCAAUUUUCAGAGCAUUGCUCAGAUUAAGUAAAUGAUUUUUUUUAAUCGAUAUUCGAUGAGUUUUGGCUCAAAAUUUUCCAAUUUUUUAUGAUUUUCAUCAAAAUUUUCCAAUUUUCAUGAUUUUCUUCAAAAUUUUCCAUUAUUUCAGUCAAAAAUGGCUGAUUUUUCGGAAUUUUUAAAGCAUUGCUCCAGAUUAAGUAAAUGAUUUUUUUAAAUCGAUAUUCGAUGAGUUUUGGCUCAAAAUUUUCAAUUUUUCAUGAUUUUCAUCAAAAUUUUCAAUUUUUCAUGAUUUUCAUCGAAAUUUUCCAUAUUUUCAUGAUUUUCAUCAAAAUUUUCCAAUUUUCAUGAUUUUCAUCAAAAUUUUCCAUAUUUUCAGUCAAAAAUGGCUGUUUUUUGGAAUUUUUAGAGCAUUGCUCAGAUUAAAGUGAAUGAUUUUUUUAAUUCGAUAUUCGAUGAGUUUUGGCUCAAAAAUUUCAAUUUUUCAUGAUUUUCAUCAAAAUUUUCCAUAUUUUCAUGAUUUUCAUCAAAAUUUUCCAUAUUUUCAUGAUUUUCACCGAAAUUUUCCAUAUUUUCAUUCAAAAAUGGCUGUUUUUCGGAAUUUUUAGAGCAUUGCUCAGAUUAACACCUUUUUUCAGCCAAUUCCGCCACAACAACCUGCCAAAUCACUUCCCGCAAUUGCAAUUCCCGAUUCUUUUCCCUUUCCCCCUCCACCUUUUCUUCCCGCUCCCCAAAAAACUCCAAUAAUUCCACGUCCGCAAUUCUUCAAUCAAGAAAGAGAAAAAGAAAGAGGAGAAGAGACGCAGAGAAAUGAGAGAAGAACAUCGAAUUAUGACCAUUGCUCAGAUUAUCGGAGAAGAGGAAAUUCUGGAAAUCGGGGAAGAUUUGAUAAUAAUUAUUCCGAAUCAAGAUAUUCGACAACACCUUCGAGCUCGAAUUCUGAAAGUAGGAGAAAGAAGGUGAGAAAAAUGAGCGAAAAUUCGAUGAAAAUCAUGAAAAUUGAAGCUAUAAAAAAUAAUUUUCUGUAACCUGAGCAAUGCUCUGAAAAUUCGCGAUUUUCUGCUAGAAAUUCUGGGAAAAUUCGAUGAAAAUCAUGAAAAUUGGAGUUUUUUGAGCUGAUAAGCAUUAAAUUUGAUAUAAAAAAUCAAUUUCUGUAACCUGAGCAAUGCUCUGAAAAUUCGCGAUUUUCUGCUAGAAAAUUCGGAAAAAUUCGAUGAAAAUCAUGAAAAUUGGAGGUUUUUGAGCUGAAAAGCAUCAAAUUUGAUAUAAAAAAUAAUUUUCUGUAACCUGAGCAAUGCUCUGAAAAUUCGCGAUUUUCUGCUAGAAAUUAUGGAAAAAUUCGAUGAAAAUCAUGAAAAUUGAAGGAUUUUGAGCUAAAAAGCAUCAAAUUUGAUAUAAAAAUCAUUUUUCUGUAACCUGAGCAAUGCUUUGAAGAUUGUGAAAAUUCAAUAUUUUUGAGCUGAAAAUGAGCAAAUUUUGAUGAAAAUCAUGAAAAUUGGAGGUUUUUUAGCCAAAACUCACCGAAAUCCAGAUUUUUCUGGAAUUUUUUAUAACCUGAGCAAUGCCGCAAUAAUAUAGAAGAUCUAAUAUUUUUUAUAAAAUGAGCAAUGGCUUUUAUUAAAAUCUAUCAAUUUUAGAAACCCCUCAGAUCAUGAUUUUUCACAAUUUUUUUUGUAUAAUCUGAGCAAUCCCUUGAAAACCCGUGUAAAAAUAUCAAUUAAUUAAUUAAACAUAAAAUUGUACGUUUCAAAAAUUGCUCUUUAAAAAAUAAAAGAAAUUCAAUUUCGUUCCGCACGUUUUUCUGCUGAUUUUAUCUAAAAUUUAUCGGAUUUUUUAUUUUUCAAUGAAAAAUCCGAAUUUUGGCAAAUUUCCAACGGAAAAAUCAAUAUUUUCUUGCAGAUCUCCAUCUUCAAAUCGUCCUUCAUCUUCCUCUUCAAAUUACCGAUUUUUUCUUCCCAAUCUUCUUCUUCUCAUCGUUCAAGAAAUCAUCAUUUUCGACCAUAUCAGGUACUUUUUUUCGCUAUUUUUUUGAGAAAAAUCGGAAAAUUCCAUUAUUUCUAUACAAAAUUCCAUGAAUAUCUAAUUUUUUGACCAAAAAAUGCUUCCAGAAUCGUCAACAUCACUAA